GUGGCGCCGUUUGAUGACGACACGGUCAUUGACAGCGCGAGGCGGCGGUGGUGGCUGCUACCAUGGUGGCUGGCGGCCGGGUAAGGGUCCGACUUGCUCUCCUGCCCGGCCAGAGCGCUUUCGGGGGCCGCGGGGAGGUCAGGAGUUUUUCAGCCAGGGCGACGGGUGUGCUGUCUGCAGUGUUAUGAGACGGAGGUGCAGUAUGUCUAGACUGGGGGUCCUGGGCGGUGCCCGCGCCAGGCUGGGACUGUUCCUGGGCACCGCCGCCGGCCUUGGAUUCCUGUGCGUCCUUUACAGCCAGCGAUGGAAACGGACCCAGCGUCAUGGCCGGAGCCAGAGCCUGCCCAACUCUCUGGAUUACACGCAGACUUCAGAGCCCGAGCGCCAAGUGAUGCUGAUGCGGGCUGCCCCAGAUGAGGCUGGAGAUGCUGCGAUGCUGCCCAGUCUUCCCCAGGAAGGGCAGGAGAAGGUGCUGAACCGCCUGGACUUCGUGCUGUCCAGUCUUGUGGCACUGCGGCGGGAGGUGGCAGAGCUGAGGAGCAGCCUGCAAGGGCUUGCUGGGGAGAUUGUUGGGGAGGUCCGAUCCCACGUGGAAGAGAACCAGAGAAUGGCUCGGCGGCGCAGAUUCCCCUUUGCCCGGGAGAGGAGUGACUCCACGGGUUCCAGCUCUGUCUACUUCACGGCCUCCUCAGGAGCCGCGCUCACAGAUGCAGAGAGUGAAGGGGGUUAUACAACAGCCAAUGCUGAGUCUGACUAUGAGCGGGACUCUGACAAGGAGAGUGAGGAUGGGGAAGAUGAAGUGAGCUGUGAGACUGUGAAGAUGGGGAGAAAGGAUUCCCUGGACCUGGAGGUGGAGGCAACUUCGGGUCUGGAGGCUGGAGGUUCCUCGGGCUUGGAGGAUGUGCUGCCCCUCCUGCAGCAGGUGGACCAACUGCACCAGGGCGAUGAGCGGAGCAGGCAGGAGGGCUUCCAGCUGCUGCUUAACAACAAGCUGGCGUAUGGAAACCGGCAGGACUUUCUCUGGCGCCUGGCCCGGGCCUACAGUGACAUGUGUGAACUCACCGAGGAGGCAAGCGACAAGAAGUCAUAUGCCCUAAAUGGAAAAGAAGAAGCAGAGGCUGCUCUGGAGAAGGGGGAUGAGAGUGCCGAAUGUCACCAGUGGUAUGCAGUGCUUUGUGGUCAGCUGGCUGAGCAUGAGGGCAUCCAGAGGCGCCUCCAGAGUGGCUUUAGCUUCAAGGAGCAUGUAGAGAAAGCCAUUGCUCUGCAGCCAGAAAACGCCAUGGCUCACUUUCUUCUUGGCAGGUGGUGCUACCAGGUCUCUCACCUGACCUGGCUAGAAAAAAAAACUGCUACAGCCUUGCUUGACAGUCCUCUCAGUGCCACUGUGGAAGAUGCCCUCCAGAGCUUCCUGAAGGCUGAAGAACUACAGCCAGGAUUUUCCAAAGCAGGAAGGGUAUAUAUUUCCAAGUGCUACAGAGAACUAGGGAAAAACUCUGAAGCUACAUGGUGGAUGAAGUUAGCCCUGGAGAUGCCAGAUGUCACAAAGGAGGAUUUGGCUCUCCAGAAGGAUCUGGAAGAAUUGGAAGUACUUUUAGAAGAAUAAUCACAUUUCAGUGGCUUCCAUGACUUAACUGAAACCACUGCUUAAGGGUGGGGGCAAAUCAAGGUUUUUUUUCCUCAGACCCUCCUGAGAUCAGGAAACCAAGCAAGUCUGGUUUAGAGCCUGACUCCUGGGUUUGAUUGCUAUCCAGUACUAUUCCCCAACUUCUUUCUUGUCUGUUGUCCAUCAGUUUAAUCUCUUACUUAAUCUAAAAUUGGGGAAGUUUUUGUGGCCUGGAUUUGUGUUGUUUUCCCCCUUAAAUGAUUUCUUAAAAAAAUCAAGACUAGUCUAGCUCCUGCCCUAGGGUUAAGUGUGGGGGGAAGCCCUGAAGCCUGCUGGAGAUGAGAGGAUGAAGUAGCAGCACUGCCUUUGCAAUGCUGGUGAGAUGGAUGAACUUCAAAAAGCUACAUGAACAAAGCACAGAACGUGUCACUUUAAUCUUUUUCACUAAUAUUCAACAUGUAUGUGUGUAGAUAUAUAUCUCUCCACACACACAUACACACAUAGUCCUAAAAUCACACCCUACCUACUUACCAGGGUAAAAGGAGGGGUCAGAGCAGCCCAAAGAUGUUGCCCUCUUACCACUUAUCGUGUGGAUUCUACUUGUAUUCCUGGAGGGACUGGAUCAGUUGACUUCCAGAGUCCUAGCAGCUUUUGGAAUGACAGCAGUGGUAUGGGAUUUGUGAUGCUACAAAAGACGCCUGAAGAGUUGUCUGGAAUAUAUUUUGGUACAAACGUGAAAUAAAGUUGAUCAGAAGUGAU